CUAUCGAAUAUUAUUAUGGAUCGCCCAAAGAAGAUAGCAAAUAUCAUAGAAACCUAUUUUAGUGAUGCAAAUCUCUUAUGGGACAAAACGAUGCAAUCGUAUAUCAAGAACAACACCGAUGGAUUGGUACCCAUUGAAAAAUUAAUCAAGUUACAAAGAAUGAAACCAUUACAAGCAGAUUCAGAGGAAAUUAAGGAAGCUAUAAAAAUUUACUCUCUCUCCAAACUCAAGAUAUCCGAUGAUCAUCUCUCUAUUGGGCGAAUCAAACCCUUUAUACUGAAUAAGAAGGAAGAAUUGGAUGAUUGGUCAAUAUAUGUUGAAGGACUGGACAAACCAUAUCAAACUGAACAACAGAUAUCUGAUCUUUUCAAAAAGUAUGUGGGUCAUGUCUCAUUUGUUCGAAUACCAGAAGAUCGCUUUGGUCAUACUUGGUUUCAAGGUUUUUGUUUUGUGGAAUUCGAUCAUAAAGACAAUGUACAAAAAGCAAUCAAUAUCAUGAAUACUUUUUCAUCUGAACCAUCUGAAAACGAGCAAAUUACAAAACUUGGACUUCGUGUCAUGUCAAAGCAUGAUUGGAUCAAAUAUCGGGAUGAAUAUCUAGCACAACUCAAUCUUACUUCAAGUCUUGUUAAACAAGAAUGGAUCAAACAUGACAACGAACAGAAGCAAAAAAAAAGAAAAACUACAUCAUCAAAUAUACCAAAUACCACUACCAAAAAAAAAGACUCUUUUUCAAAAAACACUACCGAAGACACUAUCACCUAUCCAAAAAAUAUCAUUAUCUUUGUACAAAAUUUACACGUCAAAAGUUCAAAGACUACCAUCAAGACUUUGUUGGAACAAUCUGGAGCAUCUAUUGCCUUUGUCAAACACAAGAAGAAGACAGACUGGUGUCAUGUACGAAUGGCAUCUUCUGAAGAUACUGAUAAAAUAGUGGCUUAUUUCAAGGAUCAUCUAUUAGUACAAGAAUCUGGUACGGAUACAAAUGGAUCUAGCAAGGAAAAAACUGGUUCAUCCCUUCCCGCUAUCACAGUCCGUGCGAUUACAGGAAAAGAAGAAGAACUUUAUUGGCAAGAUGAUCCAAUGCGGGACAAAAUGGUUUCCUCGUAGAUAGUGUGGUAUACUUAGUUUAGAUUUUCUUUUUUUUUUAUGAAUAAACAUUCUCGUAUUUUCUUGGAGUGUGAUGACAUCAAAGUCUUGUUGCA